UCUACCAUCUCUAAACAAGGCCCUUGUGAUCACGUUCACAGUUGCUGCAGUGGCUGCCAUAUCGGUUAUCAAUAAACACUUCCUCUCUGCACUCAGGUUCUGGACAUCUGCUACACACUGCUGGUAGUGUACAUGCAAGAGGAACAGCACCGCCAGUCCAGUGGGCAGGCUGUUCUCAAUACAGUGGGGGUGCGUCUUGGGGGGUUAAUGGUGCUGAUGCUGACUAUCGGGCGCUGGGCAGAUGUUUUCCACAUAUUCAUGUGCUUCCUGGGCGAAGCAGGCUGUCUGAUUCCCACCACAGAUCUCCUGGAUGAUACACCACAGGAAGAUGAGCAGUUUUCGAGACCGGACACUGAGAACUGGAGGAUCCAAAAGACCACAAGCCACAAGAGAUAACUAUCUGAGCUCAGCCUACUAUUAGUUUAUUUUUUAUUCAAAGUGAGGCACAUAUCCUAUUAACUGUACAGUGGGCUACACGUUUGUCGUAUGUGAAUAUAAAUGAAAAAAAAAAUACAUUUGUUGAAACCUAAAAACAAAGUACAUCUGCAAACUUUAAUAAUAUAGCAAUCUACUAGCCAAACACACAAACAUUAAAGAAAUGAGUUGGAGCUACCAGCUCAAUUCCCUGCAAGCCGUCCUCACAUUGGUUCUGAUGCUGUGUGUACUCCCUGGCUCACCUAUAGGCUUUGGUUUAUUGUUCUUCUCUGAUGAGUGUGUGACAAUGUAAGCUACUUCAAGAGCUUUGCAACACAGAUCUUUAUAAAAUAAAGACUUGCAAUUAUUCACAGCAAUUAGCUAUGUAAUGAACA